AUGAGACACGAGAAUGACAUGGAAGAAGACGAGUUGGACCAGUCUACGGUCAUGAGCAUGGCAGACGAUGCCGAGCAAGAGAAGCAGAAACAGGAAAGCGAGCCCCUGGACCCCAUGGCGCUCUUAGCCUACUACCGCCGACUACUCCCAUUUAAAUCGCUCUACACAUGGCUGAACCGCGACAUUACGCCUACACGGCAUUUCACACACCGCGAAUUCGCGCUCACGCUACAAAAUGAUGCAUAUCUGCGCUAUCAGAGCUAUUCUACAUGGGACGAGUGGAAGAAGGAAGUGUGUCGAAUGAAUCCAUCUCGUUUCGAGAUCGGGCCUGUGUACAGUGCGAAGCCUAAAGACCGCAAGACAUUGCAGAAAGCGAGCUUCCGACCGGUUGCACGUGAGCUCGUGUUUGACAUUGACAUGACGGACUAUGACGAGAUUCGUACGUGCUGCUCGGACAAGAGUAUCUGCCAUCGAUGCUGGAAACUCAUCGCCGUGGCGGCCGAGGUGCUCGACAUGACACUGCGAGAGGAUUUCGGAUUCCGGCACCUUGUAUGGGUAUAUUCGGGCCGUCGAGGUAUUCACUGCUGGGUAUCGGACCAAGAAGCAUUUCAACUGGCGGACGACGCACGCAAAGCACUCGUCGGUUGGAUCGAGGUGGUAAAGGGCGGCGCGAAUCAGGCCAAAAAGGUCGCGCUGGGCUCAUCGAUGCCGGGACACCACCGCGUCUUGCACCCAAGUUUGCGACGUGCGCUGGGGCAAGACGUCCUUCGAUCAACUGCGUCUGCAUCCAGUGCAGCGACCGAGAGUCACCCACGCCAAGGUGGAAGUGGACUGCUCCAACGGGCAUUUGUCGAUGUCAUACUGCGGGAUCAAGACUGUUUCCGUGAUCCACAGCGCUCAGACGUGCUGCUUGCGCUCCUGCCAGCAUCUGAAACGGACGCCGUUGCACGUUUGCAAAGUAAAUGGGCUUCGUCUACACGAUCGAGUGUGCAGAAAUGGGACGACGUUCUUGACAUGGCGGCGCGGAGCGCGGAGCGAGUAAAGCCCAUGUGGAUUGCCGCUCUAGAAGAUAUCGUGCUGCAGUACACGUAUCCGCGCAUUGACGCAGAAGUGUCGAAGAGGCAAAACCACCUGCUAAAGGCGCCGUUCGUCGUGCAUCCUUCGACAGGCCGUGUUUGUGUGCCGCUGGAACUCGACCAGGUCCAAAUGUUUGAUCCGCACUCCAGCGCGCCAACGAUUGCACAAAUCCUGCAGGAGCUGAAUCAGGAAUCAACAAACGCGUCCUCAGCACGUGGUGAGUGGGAAAAAACGUCUCUGCGCCCCUUUGUCGAACAGUUUGAUCGGGCUUGCACUCGCAUGGUUCGCGAGACGCAAGAGGCUAAGCGUGCGGCCCAGCGGCACUCGCUGGACUUUUAG